UUUUCCUGGGUGUGGUGUCAGCUUCAGACAUUUGAGUUCCGUUAGCAGGAAGUUGGGGGAUUGAGGCUCAAUAUUAAAUGUGAGUGGAGACAGUUAGUAGCGUGCAGUUUGAAUAGCUUAAGGCUCCUAUUUCUCCUGCCCAUUCGCUUUGAAGAGGGCGUAAUAGAUCCGAACUGAUUUUUUUUUAAAAAUCCUGAAUCGCAGGAGAGCGGCCAGAAGCCGCUGGGCAGCAGAAGCAUCUGGUUUUAAAGCAGAAGCCGGAGAUUUGCAGAAGGAAAAGUUGGUCAUUUGAGCUUUCAGUUGGAAGUGGAGGAAGUUUGCAAGAAAGCAAAAUGCCCAAAACGAUCAAUGUUCGGGUUACCACCAUGGAUGCUGAGCUGGAGUUUGCUAUCCAACCUAACACCACUGGCAAGCAACUCUUUGAUCAGGUUGUGAAGACUAUUGGGCUUCGUGAAGUCUGGUUCUUUGGACUUCAGUACCAAGAUACCAAGGGCUUUCCCACCUGGCUGAAACUCAACAAAAAGGUGACUCAGCAGGAUGUUCGUAAGGACAGCCCAUUACUCUUCAAGUUCAGGGCAAAAUUCUUUCCAGAGGAUGUAUCUGAGGAGCUGAUUCAAGAGAUCACCCAACGCCUCUUCUUCCUGCAAGUGAAAGAGGGCAUUCUGAAUGAUGACAUCUACUGUCCCCCAGAGACUGCUGUAUUGCUAGCUUCUUACGCUGUGCAGGUCAAAUGUGGUGACUUCAAUAAAGAUGCCCACAAAUCAGGCUAUUUGUCAAAUGAGCGUCUGCUUCCACAACGUGUCCUGGAACAGCAUAAGCUGAACAAAGAACAGUGGGAAGAUCGGAUCCAAAUAUGGCAUGAGGAACAUAGAGGAAUGAUCAGGGAGGAUGCCAUGAUGGAAUAUCUGAAGAUCGCUCAAGAUCUUGAAAUGUAUGGCGUUAACUACUUCAGCAUCAAAAACAAAAAAGGCUCUGAGCUGUGGCUUGGUGUUGAUGCUCUCGGACUGAACAUAUAUGAACAUGAUGACAGGUUGACACCAAAGAUUGGAUUCCCAUGGAGUGAAAUCCGAAACAUAUCAUUUAAUGAUAAGAAGUUUAUCAUCAAACCAAUCGAUAAAAAAGCACCAGAUUUCAUAUUCUAUGCACCGCGUCUCCGCAUUAACAAGCGUAUCCUGGCACUGUGCAUGGGAAACCAUGAACUCUAUAUGCGCAGACGUAAGCCAGAUACUAUUGAAGUCCAGCAGAUGAAGGCUCAAGCAAGAGAAGAGAAGCAUCAGAAACAAAUGGAAAGAGCGCAGUUGGAAAAUGAGAGAAAGAAGAGAGAGCAAGCAGAGAAAGAAAGACAGAACAUAGAGCGUGAAAAGGAUGAAUUGAUGGAGAGACUGAAACGGGUUGAAGAACAGACUGAAAAAGCUCAAAAAGAACUGGAAGAACAAACUCGCAAAGCACUGGAGCUGGAACAAGAGAGGAAAGCAGCUCAGGAGGAGGCUGAACGACUAGAACAAGAGCGCAGGGCUGCAGAGGAGACCAAGGCUGCUUUAAUUGAACAGUCCCAAAAUCAAAUGAAAAAUCAAGAGAAUCUGGCCUCUGAACUUGCAACACUCACUUCUCAAAUCAAUCUAUUAGAGGAAACUAAGAAGAAGAAAGAAGAGGAGGCCUCUGAGUGGCAGCGGAAGGCUGCUUUAGCACAGCAAGAUCUGGAAAAGACCAAAGAGGAACUUAAACAGGCCACAACAACCCCACCCAUUCAAGUGACCAUCCUGCAGGCUGAGAAUGAGCAUGCUGAUGAGCAUGAUGAGAAUAGUGCAGAGGCUAGUGCUGAACUCAGCUCUGAGGGGACUGUUCAAGAUCGCAGUGAGGAAGAGAGGCUGACUGAAGCAGAGAAAAACCAACGUGUACAGAAGCAGCUACAAGCAUUAACAUCUGAGCUGGCCCAGGCACGAGAUGAGACCAAGAAAACACGGAAUGACAUGCUACAUGCAGAGAACAUGAAGGCAGGACGUGACAAGUACAAAACCCUGAGGCAGAUUCGACAGGGCAAUACCAAGCAGCGGAUUGAUGAAUUUGAAUCCAUGUAAAUCUCCAUUUCCUGUGACCUGCAAAAGCCACUACAUGGGAAUGAAUUUUGGUUUCAUUAGGAGUUGCCGAGAAACCCUCUUUUUAUUAUAUAGCUUGUUCAGAUCAGCAAAGAUGUAUUGAAUUGUUGUUUCAGUUCUUGUGUAGCAUAAAUGUAGUCUUUGGUUAUGAAGUUCAGAAUUAGUCUUUUAUUACACCAACUCAUUCCCUCAAAGCCUCCUGCUUUAUUGACUACUGCUAUUUUUUUUGGACCAUUCAUUAUUUUUAAGUAAUAUUUGUGUUGGUUCAUCUUGAGACCCGUCACUGUCCUGAAUUCUAUUUAAUAAGAACUUUAAAUGGGAUAAAAGUGAUUCCAUUUGGUAGGAUGUUGGCAUCAAUUCAAAUAGCGUCCUCCCUAGGAAGGAAACAUGGCUUCUGCUUUUGUCAAGUCAUUACUACAAAACUUGUUAGCUCAUCUUGAGUAUGUGGAUUGGGUUUUCACACAUUGAGAACCUGUUUGGUAAUCAAGAGACCUUUUUUAAUCAGGUGUUUAUUGCCAAGUAAUGUUAAACAAACCUUGAUUUUUGUCAUGGCAUAACUUUCAAACUCCUGUCUGCCUCUCUGAAACUCAUUCUUGUGAAAUAACUCUUAUUUGAAAUAAUUGAAGAUGGAUAAUGGUUGGGAGAUCCCUGUGUGUUUGGUGUACUUUGCGUAGUCUUUUUUUGACUUGUGUACUGUUCACCUUGUCUGAAAUUAGUGAGGCUGUUCCUCCCUAAUUGAAUUAUAUGUAGCUUGAAAAAUUAUAUAACUUUGUUUUGACUGGAGCACAUUGCACUAAAAUUUUAAAUUCAAGGAAUUGCAAAGUUUGGCUUUGAAAGUGCACAAUAAGUAGAGGUGAUGGUGUUUAACAACAAGUCACCUGGGUUGUUGCAAUUCUAUUUUUCAUGUGAAAAGUGUUAAUUUUGGGAAAAUGUGCAAAUUUAUAAUAAACCUAGUUUUGCAGCUCUCUAUGGGUCAACAUUUCAACUUGAACUACUGCAGCUAAAACCCUAUGGUUUGACAUUUUAGGCUGGAGUACUUGGUGUUACUAAUGCAGACUUUUUUGAGCUCUUGUUUCUAACUGAACCUUUGUUGCCAAGGGCUACCAUUUAGUGCUGAGUCACUUCUUCCUAAUAGAAAUAAGUGCCAAAAUUCUUUCAGUGUUACAGUGCCUAUGUCAUUUUAUUUGCAACCAAGAUUCCUCCCUGUGCAGCUGGUUGCUUUUUUUCUAAAUAGUAUAAUGUAUUUGAUGUAGUUACUCUGGACUUUAACUAUGCAAAGUAGGAAGAGCAGAAUUAUUUUGUGACCAAAUUAUUGGUUUGCAGAUUAUAAUAGUCAUGCAUUGUGUGUAUUUUUCAGAAUGAUUGAUUAUAAGAAAUGUGCAGUAUUAUAUUGAGAUGAGACAAGACUAAUCAUUUUAGAGUCAAAUGUGUUGAUCUUUUUACAGUUUCUAUUGCAAUGACUUUGUAAAAUGGGGAAUUCUUGUCAAUAGCAGGGCCCCUCAGUUUAAGAAAAGCUGCUUGAUUUCAUUCUCAGUGGUUUGAAUAUUUUCUAUAUAUGAAAUAAUAGAAAGUUGGCCAGUGUAAAUUUCUUCUGCACUAGUGAAAUCUACUCCUUAUUUAACAAUUAACAAAUGGGAUCUCGGUAACAAACUAUUUGCUGUUUUGAGGUUUGUACUCAAUUUGGUCUUUGCAGCUCUAAUAAAUUUUCAUUUCUGCAUAA